CCCUACUAUGCAGUUUUAUCCUUUGUGCUGUACAUCAAACGUGAAAAUCUGCUGCCCUUUAAAUAUAAUAAAUUAAGGCAACGCCCCAUCGUUUCAAAGAGCUUCCGGGGACUUACCAGAAUCUGUCAGCUAAUUACCAGAGCAAAAUUAUAUCAUGUCGCAGCCUGAUCCUUUGAGUUGGACGCUACUGUUCAAAAAGCACAAAACCACCGUGUUGCUGAUGCUCCCACCUUCCGAAACGAUCACAACCGCCCAAUCUACACUUCUUCGAGCCCUUCGAUCACGCGGUCUAGAGGAAAUCAAUGGCGAUCCAGUACCGGAGGAUCCCUCAGAUAUUGAGUUUGGUAUUGCAGUCGACAAGAAUGAUCUAGGGAAGGGUUGGACUAAGCUUGAGCUUCAAGCCCCGCAGUUCGAUGAAGAUGAAGCACCAAGAAGAGGAGCAGGGAAGAAAUCCGCAGCCCCUCUUACCUUGGAAGCGGCCGAGCUUAGAGACGUACAGCCAAUUGCUUUCAGGUUUCGAAAGCACAGUGAGGAGACAAAAUUGACAGAUGAACUCCUUGAUCUUGAACAAGAGGACCCUGGCUGGGAUGUUAUUGUCCCUAGUCUCGAUGAGGAAGAAGAAGAAGAAGAAGAAGAAGAAAACUAAGGAUGACCAUGCGCUUUUCUAUUUGGUUACUGUAUGUUUCCAUUUGACUUGUUACCUUCUAUGGGUUUGGCGCAGGGCUGCGCAGGAGGUGUUAUGAGAUGGCGUUCACGAUGUUCCACACGGCGGUUAGAAGAUGUUCGAUGAUGACAUGACAUGUACUUUGGCGUUCACGUUUACCUGUAUUACAGGCUACAGCAGUGUAAGGAAGUCUUCAUUACCGGCUUGUUGCA